ACCUGGCCAAUAUAUAGAGAGACAGCAACGAGAGCAGCAGCAUUACAAGUGUCUGUGUGUGUCUGCUUUCUUCGCCGGAGUGACUUGUAGAAACGAUGGCCAUGAUCGCUAGGAACACCGCCUCACGCCUUCCAAUCAUCCUCUCCCAGCACCGAGGAGCUGCCGUCUCUCUUCAUACCACCCUCCCCUCUCUCUCCGCCGAGGCAACGUCACCCACUCCUUAUGCGCGCCCACCGCCCCCUUCCACCUCUUCGCCCGCCGGCCUUUCCAAGGCAGCCGAGUACGUUAUUUCCAAGGUCGACGAUCUUAUGAACUGGGCUCGCCGCGGCUCCAUCUGGCCCAUGACUUUCGGCCUCGCUUGCUGUGCAGUCGAAAUGAUGCAUACUGGUGCAGCUCGCUACGAUCUGGACCGCUUUGGAAUCAUUUUCAGGCCUAGUCCUCGCCAGUCUGAUUGUAUGAUUGUUGCUGGUACCCUCACCAACAAGAUGGCCCCUGCUCUUCGCAAGGUUUAUGACCAAAUGCCUGAGCCAAGGUGGGUCAUCUCUAUGGGCAGCUGUGCAAACGGUGGGGGAUACUAUCACUACUCGUAUUCUGUUGUUCGUGGUUGUGACAGAAUUGUCCCUGUAGACAUUUAUGUUCCAGGAUGCCCUCCCACUGCCGAGGCCUUACUCUAUGGGCUACUCCAGCUUCAGAAAAAGAUCAACAGGCGCAAAGAUUUCCUUCAUUGGUGGUCUAAAUGAGUGCUUUUUUAUGUUUGUUACCAAUAGAUACAAUUAUGCAUAUGUCCCCCUUCCAAGUGCUGUGGGGAGAGAGGUAUUCACCAAAAGGCUUUGAGAAUCUGAAUGCAUAUGGUGGCUACAGGUCCUGUAAAACUUAAUUAUAACUUGGACAUUAUGAACUUUACUACUUGCUUGUGUAAUUAUAGAAAGUUGCUUUUUGUGUUUGUAAUAUGUAGACUAAAUAAAGAGAUUUUGUUCUAUUUA